AUGUCGCAAACACCAGACAGAUUCGAUGAAAGAAACGAUGCUGCGUUCUUGUUUCCGAACGCUUUUGAUGGGCAGGAAAGCAAUUCUGCUUUUGCUCGUGCGACGCCAGAAGCCAGUUGGAUAUUUGGGAGCCAACCACAACCACCACCAUUCUACCCAUAUUUUCCUCAAGCUCCUGUCCAACCGCAACGCGUACAAUCUCAGUCUGCUCCUGGUAACAGUUCCGAUGGCCCCUCGACCUGCUCGAACGAGAACAGAAUACGGAGUUAUUCUACAAAUAUUGACGAAAACGGCGCUUCAUCAACAGCAAUAAACACCGAUAGAAAUGGCGCCAAAUCGUCAUCGAAAUGGGGCGAAGCGCAAACGAGUGUGCUGGUAAGCGAGUGGAAGGAAAGGAUCGAGGAGGUACAAAGUUCUAGAGCGACUGAGGCUUGGAAUAAAAUUGUAGAGGCAGUGAACAAGGCUGGGAGCAAAAAAACGACUAAACAAUGCAAGGACAAGCUUCGUAACUUAAAAAAGGCUUACAAAGACGCAAAGACAAAUAACAAAGCAACUGGAAGGCCACCCCAAACCAGCCCAUACUUCGACUCGUUUGACGAAGUUCUCGGUACUCGGGCCGUUGUGACAAUGCCAGGGAUAAUCCAGAGUGGGCAAGCCAUAUUUGGGGACUCGUCUUCAUCUUCGCAAGACCAGUCAUUCAAUGAUUCCGAAGAAUCUGACCAAGAGUACGACAGGCGAGAUGCGAGUGAUUCAGAAUUGGAGAGUUCUCUAAAUGCUGGACCGCGGCCCAAACGAAAAGCGCCAAAGAAAGACCAAAAAAAAACUAAGAAAGGUCGGAUUACCACGGCAAGUGCUAUGAUCGACUUGACUGAAAAGCUAGUAGAGAUGCAAAACUCUCAGUUGAAAAUGAUGGAGAAUGCUCAAAAGCGAAGCGAAGAUCUUCUCAUAAAGCUUGAAGCAGAUCAGAGGAAGCUGGAUGAGGAGUCUCGAAGAAGAGAUCAGGAGUUUUUUUUAAGAAUGGCUGAAAUUAUGAAAAGAUAG